AUGAGAUCUACUACCUCUGUCCACAGCUUGUUAAUCCAUGCCAUCAUCAUUGUAUCAUUCAUAGCCAUAAUAUCAGCAACUAAUGCUGUUUCGAUGGAUGCCACUGCUGUCGCAACUGCUGCCGCUACCAUUAAUAAUAAUAAUAAAACAAGGCCUGCUUCGGCAGAUUACGAAUACCCUGACACCGUCGACCCACUUAUAAAGCAACGUAAGAAGCCGGUCCAAAAAGAAACCAAACAACCAGCCGACCAGCAAAAAGUUCCAGCUCCUACACCACCAAUAGAAAUCCCGAUUCAUCUCAAAGCAUACCUUUCAUUGAGGGAGGCAUUAAACAACACACAGGUGAACCACAUACGGGAGGUGCCGUACGGGACAACGGCCCUUGUCCUCUUCAUCGCAGUGGGCACCUACGUGGCACUCCUCAUAACAGACACCCUCCUCUCGGCCCCCUUCAAACUGGUCAUUGCUUGGGGAGCAGCCUCAAUCAUCGUGAUCAUAUUCCUGAGGGCGCUAAUCAACGCGUAG